GCCUGGAGCUGGGACCUUGCCCUUCUGGGCCUUGAAGGGUUAACGUCCCUGGCGCUCCUCCCCUCCCUUCCCCUGGCCUUUGACCCCUCCCAGCCUCUUCCCUCCACUGACACCUUUGCCCUGUGAGGUGUUGUCGGUCUGUCCCUGUGCAGACCUGGUUCCCGGGCUGCCAUGUUCUCCCUGCCGUCCCUCCCCUCCUGGAUCCCCGGCCUCCCCUCCCUCGAGUGGGGCUCCAGCCUCCUCGACUCCCUCCUACAAGGCCUGGUCGGGGCCCUUGGAGUCUUGGUCCUGAACAGCCUCCUGAAAGUUUACUUCUUCGUGGGCUGUACCAAUGAACCGCAGCGGCGGCCCGAAAAGGAGCGGUUGCGGACCCAGUGGGCCUCACUGGAAACGGUGCACCUGGCAGGGCUGGCCUUGUUCCUGACGGUCGUGGGGUCCCGGGUGGCUGCCCUCGUGGUGCUCGAGUUCUCCCUCCGGGCCAUGUCCAUGCUGCUGUCCCUGGGCAAGGGCUCCCAGGGCCCUGAGAGGCUGCAGCUCUACCUGCUGUGCCAGUACUCGCUGGGCUGUGGGCUGAGCUGCGGCCUGAGCUUCCUGCAGGAGGGCGCCCCUCACCGCACGCUGAACCUGCUGCUCAGCCUCGGGCUGGCCACGCUGCUGGGCCUGGGCGCCCGGCGCCUCCACCGCCAUGUCUGCCGCCUCUACGAGCUGCACAGCAGCCAGCGCUACUGUGGGGUGUGCCUGGGCCUGCUGGCUGGCGCGCACGAUCUCCCCCGGCUGCUGGGCCGUGCCCUGGCCGUGGCCUUUGCUGUGGGUGACCUGGCAGCAGUGGCCCUCAUCAACCGGGACUUUCUGACUACCUCGGAGGCCGUGCGGUUCUGGACGCCGCUCACCAUCUGCUACACGCUGCUGGUCAUCUACAUGCAGGAGGAGCAGCGGCAGCACCCCGGCCUGCAGAGCCAGGUGCAGACGGUGCUGGUGCGCAUGGGCGGUCUCUUCGUGCUGCUGCUGACUGUGGGCCGCUGGCUGGACCUGCUGGGCAUCCUCGUCUCCCUGCUGGGCGAGCUCUGGUGUCUGGUGGGUGUCCGCACCCUACUUGACCUCUGCCAGAUACAGGACAUUCCAACCCAGAGGCCUUCGGUGUCAACGCCAAGCCAGCCCCUGCCCUCUACACCCCAGUCCCAGAGUUCAGCCUCCUCCUGACCUGCCUCAGGGAGGAUCUGAAGUCUGUCUCAGGCCCACCAGCCUGACCUUUGAGGUCUUGACCCCAGGACGAUGCCUGGAGGCAGAGUGACGGGGCUGGCCCCCUGCCCGGAGCUCAGUGCAGGCCCUGGGAGCCCCAAGAAGGGAAGGCAGGAUUUAGGGAUGGGAGACUCUGGAAAGGAGACACCUGAGGGCCCUGGUUGAACUCUCUUUUUCUCAGGGUGGGCAGUGGUGCAGCCCCUCAGACCUGACUUCCUGGGCAGGGGUGGGGGUGGGGGUGCAUCCUCAGAAGGGCUCCCCCUUUACUGGUUCCCCUUGCCCUCUUCACAAACAAUAAAGACGAUGACUUUCUCAAGCUGUGCUUAGACUCACGAACACACAGAGGCUGGGCACAGUGGCUCACACCUAUAAUUCCAGAACUUUAGGAGGCCAAGGUGGGUGGAUCAUCUAAGGUCAGGAGUUUAAGACCAGCCUGGCCAACAUGGCGAAACCCUGUUUCUACUAAAAAUACAAAAAUUAGCCAGGCAUGGCAGCACAUGCCUGUAAUCUCAGCUACUGAAGAGGCUGAGGCAAGACAACUGCUUGAACCCAGGAGGCGGAGGUUGCAGUGAGCUGAGAUCGUGUCACUGCACUCCAGCCUGGGUGACACAGCAGGACUCUGUCUCAAAAACAAACAAACAAACAAAAAGAAUCGCAGACAGAGAGGGAAAGAGGCUUUUCUGAGGCCACACAGCUCUUCUGGCAGGGUCCUGGGAUAUGUGCCUCAGGCUGACCAUGUCCCCUGGGAGACGUGGCUCCUUGCAGACUAAGAAAAUGAUUU